UAACCUUGCCCGCAACUCGAACGUUGUCGCUCUCACCUUCUCACCACCUCUCGUUCCUCAUCCUCAUGCCCAUCAUCCGCUCGCUCGCUUGCUCCUGAGAGAGGCGACGACCGAUGGCUCUCAGCGUCCUCUCUCCUCCUGCCGCCGCCUCCUCCCUCUCCUGCCGCACGCCUCACGGCCUUCGAGCCGCUCCCUCCGGUUUCCAUCACCUCCUCCUCCUCGGCAGAUGGACUGCUUCUCCCCUCUCCGCUCACACCCUCUUCUCCUGCUCCUCCAACAUAAACUCCUCCAAAGCCACAAGAGCUUCUGGCGAUGACAGAGGCGCAGUGGAGUCGAACCCGAGGUUGCUGGACGAGGAGCUGCUGAGGCGGGUCUCGGGUGCCAAGGACGCCGAUGAAGCUCUAGGGAUGAUCGAGGAGGCCCGUGGAAGUGGCGAUCCCGGCGUCAUCGAGACCGAGGACUGUCAUUCGAUCAUCGAGUCUGCUUUUGACAGGGGCGACGCCGAUUUGGCCCUGUCCGUGUUCUAUGCCAUGCGUGCUGGCGUCGAUCGAGGUAUGGCGGAGAAGGAUUCAUCUGCUGGGAGGUGGACUUGGGCUCGACCAGAUGUGCGUACCUACGCUCUGAUGGUUCAGAGACUGGCAGCAUCCCUACGAGUUUCCGAUGCGUUAACCAUGAUUUCAUAUGUUUCACGGAUGGGUGUUUCUUCUGGCGAGGAGGUUCCAUUUGGCAUGGUUGUUCGAUGCCCAAGCUGUAUGGUAGCAAUUGCUGUUGCACAACCUCAACAUGGAAUACAAGUUGCAUCUUGUUCCCAAUGUCGUUGCCAGUACGAGCUUGUAUCUGGAGACAUUAUCAAAAUCGAGUCAGAAGAAAUCAGCAUUGACAUUUCAGCAUGGGAGAAGGCUUUGAGGUUCCUACAAAUAAAGAAAGAUGGUAUUCCUGCUGCUCUACAUUCAAUUGUGGUCUGCACUCCUUCCGGUACAGCUCGUACACAUAAGUUUGCAACUAGGACUGUUGAGCUUCCUGCCCAAGAAGGAGAACGAGUUACCAUUUCCUUAGCAGCUCCAUCAAAUGUUUACAGAGAGAUGGGUCCAUUCAAGUUAAGUGCUCGAUCUCCUGGGUUUAGCCCAGGGGAGCCGAUGUGUCUCACAAACCACACUAAUGGGAACGUGUCCCAGUUGCUAAGAGCUCCAGCCAAAAAUGGCGAUUCAUUUUUUCUUAAUCCAUAUAUCCUGUUUCCUUCCCUUGCUAUGCUAGCUAGUGGAGAUGCCAUGUCUGCAAUUAUUGAUCCCAGCCUUCCUAGGCUCAUUUCAGUAGCUGCAGUUGCAUCGGUUGCUUUGGAAACCACUGUGAACCGUAUUGUUCUUCCUGAAAUGUGUAAGCUUCCUCAGAGGAUGGUAGAUUUAGUUGCUCUCAAGCAGCAGCUUUUAUCUCAGCAUGACGUUCUUCAGGCUCGAAUUAAAGAGCUCAGACAGACUGCUGAAAAAGAGGUUUGGAUGUUGGCUCGCAUGUGCCAAUUGGAGAACAAGAUUGUGGCAGUUGGGGAGCCGUCUUAUCGUGCUCGGCGUAGUAGAGUCAAAAGGGUACGUAAAAGCUUGGAAAGUUCCCUUUUGGCCAGGAUUGAGCUGAUUGAGAGCUAUGCAAAAAUAUCUUCGAUGAUCGAAAUUGAAGUGGAAAUGGAUACCGAUGUUCUGGCUGCUGAAGCAGUUGGUAAUGCGGAGAGCAUUGCAGAACAGAUACAGCAAAUCAUGGAAAUAGAAAAUCUUGAAGAGCGAUGGCGUCUCCAAGCUGAGGCAAAUGAUGAAGCGGAGAGGCUUCUAAGUUCUCAAACAGUGACAACUGAACUUGUUUAAUCAUAUUUUUGGACUGUCAGCAACUCGUGAACAAAGGCACCCAAACGACUGAUCUUAAGCAAGAUUCUUUGAGAAAGAGAAGGUGUCAUAGAAACCCUGCACCUCAAAUCUCAAAGUUGCUAAACCAUGUAUCACAAUACACGAGAACUAUGGUGAGUCUGUUCCUUGAACUGUGAUAUUAAAUUAUUAAUUAAGACAUUAUACUGGCAAUUCCACCUCAGACCCGUUGUCUUCUUCCGACAUAUUUAUGGGAAGACCUAUCAAAUUGGAAGGCUUAGUUCAUUUCUUAACUUUUGCUUCAUUUAAAUUUCUUUUCUCAUGUAAUAGUAGAAUGGAUUAGCUUCCUUUUUAUUUUAAUGUUGGAAGUUCUCUUUGUUGGUUUGUCCGAA